AAUUGUAGACAUGGUACACUUAAUAUUUAUUUUUAUAUUUUUAUAAUUCAUUUUUUUAAUGAAAAUGUUCAUAUCUUCUUUUAAAUAGAGCAAUAGAAUAUUGCUAGAAUAUUAUUUUAUAUAUAAUAUGUUUCAUUUUUCUUUAAAAAUUUCUGUAAAGAGUGUGUAUGUUACAAAAUCAGACUGCGUUCAGUGUGUACAAAUUUUAGCCAUCGUGUUUGUUACAUAUUUUAUACGUACAUGGCACUGCCCUAAAUCAUGUAUUAAUAUGAACGUGUCAUAUAAAUAAUAUAUAUUUCGUUGUCUCGACUGAUCGAUUUAUUGACAAAUUUUGUUCUCAUGUAAUAAAUAAGGUCAUUUGAAAUAACAAGAUUUAUAUUCGAGAAUAAGUAUAUUUUUUAAUAAAUACAAUAUAUUAAUACUGCUGUAUUAUGUUUCGUCAGUAUUAAUUAAAGAAGUCAUUUACGAAUAAUAGAAAAUAUGUCUAUUAAUAUUAGAAUGAGUAAUAUCAUAAUGUGAUUGACUGACUGAAUUUAUCGCGAUUACCUUAUCGUCAUCCUUCCUGUUCUGCAGAUUCUGUUAUAUGCACUUCAUUAAACUGGCCAGUGAUUUAUCAUGCUAUUUCUUAUUAAUUCCUUUGCCUGGUCGGACGUGUAUUAAAAUUUUAUAGAAAAAUAUUACACAAAAAAUAAUUCUACAUUGUUUUCGCAGUGCAAUCUUGUACAUUAAUUAUUUGUUUAAAAUUAUUGUUUGUUCGUGUAACAAAAACUCGUAAGUGAAGUGUUUCACCGCAACGACGAUGAAAUCUAUAUUAUUAUUCAAUCUGCUAAUCGUGUCUGUGCUAAUCGCGUACAAUAUCGAUACAAAUUAUCCAAUAUUGUAUCCAAACAGUGCGACUAAUGCGGACCAAUAUUUGCACACGAAAUUCGAACGCAGUUAUUUCGGUUAUUCAGUGUUGCUGCAUCGUGAUUUGCAGAAAAAUAUUUCAUGGCUGUUCAUAGGAGCACCUCGUGGAAAUUAUACUACGCGAUCACGUUUUAGACUUUUAAACGAACCUGGUGUAGCCUAUCGCUGCAGUUUACCGGGCUCAUGUGUGGAGAUCACACCGACUUUCGUAGAAGACGAAGAAUUAGACAUACCCCAAAUUGAAAUGCACGCGUAUGUAAAGAAGAAACAUUCCUGGUUCGGUAGUGCAAUGUCGAUAGAAAGAAACAGCGGUUUCCUGACGAUAUGUGCUCCGCGAACGAUUCUGAGUAUUAUAUCUAAUAGUAAGAUAUAUGUAGAAACCUUGCACGGCAUGUGUUAUAGCAACAAUAUGUCAACGACAACAUUAAAAUCAGAAAUAUCUGAAAUUAGAAAUUUUGCCACGAUUCUGCAAGGCGCCAAAGAGGAUGCACUGUUCGGUUACGCAGUGGCGGUCGGCGACGUGGACAGGGACGGUUUUAGUGAUAUUAUUGUGGGCGCUCCUUGGGAAGAAUCCGGAGCAAUUUAUGUUUACAACGGCGACGCGAGUUUAAAAGAUAAAGUAAAACCUGCGAUGUCACAAAGGAUCACGAUGCAAUCUCCUAGGCCUAAUUUUCCGGCGAAAGGAGUGGAUAUACAAACGUUUGGAUUUUCGAUAGCUGAACCGAUCGAUAUAGAUAACAAUGGGUACGCGGACAUCGCGAUAGGCGCGUAUAAAUCAGGACAUACCAUAGUACUUCGAAGUAAACCCGUUGUAAAGACAAAUUUAACCGUAUACACCGUUCCAAGCACUUUACAGAGGAAUGUCAGUAAUUUUUUGAUUGAAGCGUGUGUUGAAUAUCAUAACUACGACGCAGCAAAUACACACGCUUUCAAAGUCUCUCUUGUCAUUGACAAAAAAUAUAAGCGUACUAAAGAAACUUCAUUAGAAGUGUACUCGACGGAUCCUCCAGUUCAUUCAUGUGUGAAUGCUACCAUUACUCUUUCGGAUAAUAUUCAAUAUUUCAUUGAACCGAUUACCAUUUAUGCAUCUCACGAUUUUGCAUACAAUACGUCCGCGCCUGAAUUUUGCAAGACAUGCCCUGUUGAAAGCAGAAGCGGUAAAUCGAAGAGCGCGCAAGUUUUACUUCCCUUCGAAAUUGAAUGCGGAGAUGACAGAGUCUGCAAUUCCAACAUAAAUGCGACGGUGAAACUUUGGGGAAUCGGGGAGAAUAAUACGUGGAUAAUCGGUUCCAACGACAUCACUUUGGAAACACGUUUACGGAAUUACGCUGAGCCGGCAUAUCUUACGACAAUCGCGUUUAACUUCCCGAAGGAAAUAGUAUUGCGUAGUAUCUUGCCAUUUUGCGAAGAAAACACGGACGGAGAUAUCCUGUUGGUUAUUUGCGACGUCGGAAACCCAUUCGGAACGGACGAGCAGAAAGUUGUGAAACUCGAUUUGGAUAUGAGACAACUGAUUGACGGUUCGUUGCAUGGGCAAGUUCUGGAGUUUUUUACGGAGAUACGAACUCGCAGUACAAAUCAUGGCACGAAUAUGAUUAAAUCAUCGCUGACUUUACAAAGCGAAGCGUUUUUGCAGUUAAAUGGAAAAGCGAUCGAGAAAAGUUACUAUCUAUCUAAUUUGGAUAGCGAUCGAUCGAACAUAAUUUUUCAACACGUUUAUCAGAUAUUGAAAUUCGGUGCGACGCCUAUAGAAGAAGCGCGGCUUGUCGUCAAUCUACCAACGGCUAUAGACGAUUCAGAUUCUUUGGUACUUUUGUAUAAGCCGCGGAUUUACAUAUCUGGAAAAUAUUACGACUGCUUGUCGUACGGAAUAGAUUUAAUGGAUACAGAACAGGGUGGACUUCCAGGAGAGACAACAUCAGAUAUAUCUGAUUUAUAUAAUUUAAACUAUAAUAACGAAACGCUGCAGAACACGACUCAUGAUAUGUUCAAAAGAAGCGUAGACAAGUACAUAUCCUUUAGUGGUCGCAUCUUACAAACGUUGUACAAUAUAAGAAUGGCGAGGACCGAAGAUUCUAAUGGUAAUCUAACAGUUCGAGAACGCGAUAUUGUAUACGUGAACUGUUCGACGUACGGCGUGAACUGUUCGGCAAUGUACUGCGAUCUGAACGCGUUAAGGACGCAACAGGACGUCGGGAAAUUGGUGAUCAGAUUAAUUCUCAAUACGACAAGGCUCAAAGACAAUUUCAAACUGUCGAACGAAAUGAAGAUUGUGAAAUUCAGCACGGAUGCUUACGUCCAAAUCGCAAAACCGGCAAACCGGACUUUAGGGAUAAACGCCAGGCACGAUGCGAAUGUCACGACAGAAUUUCAUAGUACGGCGAAGACGCAGAAAUUGCAACUGUGGGUUGUGCUUGUGUCGGUCUCAUUAGGUCUAAUAUUAUUGUUUAUCGUCGUUAUCAUAUUAAACAUGGUAGGGUUUUUCAAGAGGACAACGAAGGAAAAACUAUUCGCUCUAAAGUCUGAUGAGAUAACGGAAGACGCAGAGAAAAGUACAUCCGAGUAAAGAUGUCUUGUAUUUAUGUAUCAUAAAAAUUGAUAUACUCUUUUGGGUAAUGUAUAGUUUAUAUAUAAUUUUUGUAUGUGAUCUUUUCUCCAAAUUAUUCGCGAUGAUCUUCGGAAUUGCGCGCGCAUCAUUAAGCAAAAAGUUUUUCUUAGAAAGAAGAAAAAUGUUCUAAAUACAUCUCGUCGGGCUCCCGCGAAUAAUGAGUGAUGUUCCAUUUUUUUUUCCUAAAUCUAGAGAAGGAAGCACUCCAAGAGAAAGCUUUCCAAACCUAAGUUACAGGUAUAACCUAAGUUACAGUAUACAAAUGAGAAAUACAUAUUGAUUAAUAUAUAUAAAAUAUUAUACUUUUUAUUCGUAAUACACAGUCAAGUAUCGGCCGUACAAGUAAUACUCAAUAUAAUAUAUUAAUGACACUUAUUAAUAGAGAUAUUUACAUUAUGUAUAACACAUCAUUGCGUGUGUAAGUUUUACAUCAUUAUCACCCAUUAAUUACAAUAAUAAUUAAUAAUUUGAUAUUAA